UCAAACCGCGGGUGGGAUAUGUCAUUUGGCCGUCUGAUUAUUAUCUCAAGAUUUCGUUCUUGCCCCUGGUGAGACAUGGAGACACAAUAAGUAUCGUCCAGCAAGGGCUUGGUCGGUAGAAGCUGCAACUCUCAACGUGCCGCUCAAAACACUCUUAUUUCUUUCUCGUUUUGCUUCUGCAUCUGUUUUUGUUGCUUUUCUAGUUGCCAACGCAUUUUCAGUCUUUAAAACUGUCUCCUUACCAAAUCACAUACAUAUUUUCGGUAUGGCGAGUGAUUAUUUGCAAAACAGAUAACACUAGUUUUUGUUUUCUUUGAAAAUAUUUUUAAUGUUGAUGAGGCGUAUAGGGAUCCGAGCAUAAGCCAUGUGGAAUUUCGGUUUACAGGGAUGGGAAGCCAAACCUUUUCGACAAUCAUUCUUUCAUCUUUUCUCAGUCUUUUCGCCAUUAAAAAGUCCUUUCUGUUCAAUUUUCUACUCGUCUUUUCUCCUUCUCUGAGUAAUCUCUCCCUCUUUCUCUUCAACUGAUAUACUUUUCCUCAUAAUCAUCUUUUCAAUAAAGUUUAGCAGUUUACUUACUUGCUCAAUUCGGAAGAGCCAAAGCCGAUCCAACCCAGUCUGCUUUUCGCUCAGUGUGAUGAUCAUAUUCAUGUUCAUGUUCACACUGAGUUUUUGCAGUUGUCUUUCAUUCUCAAGCACAGAUAGGAAAAAGCUGUCUCGGUACCUUUCUUCAAUUAAUGAGCGAAAGGCCCUUAUCUUAAUUACUGUUUUGAAUAGAUUGCCACGUUCUCAGUCUCAGCAGUCAAAACUACAAGGCUGUCGCUCAUGACCGAAUUACCCAGAAAAUAUCUGAGGUUCUCAAACAAAUGGACCCAUCCGGAAAAUCAUCCAAUCAAUCGUCUAAGGGGCCACCUCUAGGUAGAGAUUCACGUGGCUCACUAGAGGUUUUUAAUCCUUCCUCAACUUACUCUACCCGGCCCACCAAUCCAGCAUUUCGCCCAAAUCAGAAUCCGCUCACAUGGCAGAGUUGGAUAGAGCAACGGAGCAGCCCGGAGAUAGACCCGAAUAUGCUCAACUCCAAAUCGGGUCGAACCGAAGAGAUUACCACUACUUGGAUGGCCCUCAAGGAUUCUGCCACAGGGCAGUCAUCUCCACUAUCCUCACCGUUGACACCAAAGAUCACCAAUGAUGAUGAAAAAUCAACGGUUAUCAAGCAACUCUCUGGGGAAGUCGACAUGGCAGCUCAGAGGGCCGCGGAAUGGGGCCUAGUAUUGAAAACAGACAAUGAAACGGGAAAACUACAAGGGGUGGGGGUUCGAACUUCGGGCGGGGAGGAACCGAGUAACAAACCGGGUACUUCGCAACGAACUUCUCAUAAUUCGGUUCGAAGCUCUGACGAAAUGUCGAAUGAGGGAGGCAAAGAAAGAGGGUUUCCAAGAGUGUCGGAGGACUUGAAAGAUGCCUUAUCAACAUUUCAACAAACGUUCGUUGUGUCGGAUGCUACCAAACCAGACUACCCGAUUAUGUACGCAAGCGCCGGAUUCUUUAAAAUGACCGGAUAUACCUCUAAAGAGGUCAUCGGAAGGAAUUGUCGGUUUUUACAGGGUGCGGGUACGGACCCGGAAGAUGUGGCGAAGAUGAGAGAGACAUUAGAGGCGGGUCAGUCCUACUGUGGGAGGCUACUGAAUUAUAAGAAAGAUGGUACACCAUUUUGGAACCUUCUAACUAUUGCCCCAAUUAAAGAUGAAGAUGGAAAAGUCCUCAAAUUUAUUGGUAUGCAAGUGGAGGUGAGUAAGCACACAGAAGGCGCCAAGGAUAAGUCGCUGCGUCCAAAUGGGUUGCCUGAGUCUUUAAUUCGAUAUGAUGCCCGGCAAAAGGAAGUCGCAACAAGUUCAGUGACUGAACUUGUACAAGCCGUGAGGAAACCUCGGUCACUAAGCGAAUCAACAAAUCGUCCAUUGUUUGUAAAAUCAGAUGGUGAAGCAGAAGAGGAAAGAUCAGGAGCCCUGGGAUCAGGUGGAAGAAGAAACUCAGAAAAUAUUCCUCCUUACAGAAGGAAUUCACUUGGUGGUCAUAGAGUCUCCAUGCAACGUAUUGUUGAGCUCCCUGAAAUGAAACCCAGAAAAUCUGGUCGUCUGUCUUUAAUGGGGAUUAUCAAUCGGAAAAGUACUCAAUCAUCUUGCGAUGAUAGCUUUGACAAUGGAGUUCUUAUGGAUGUUGAUGAGAGCGAUGAUGAGAGACCUGAUGCAGUUGAUAACAAAGUAAGAAAGAAGGAAAUGAGAAAGGGUAUUGAUCUGGCUACCACACUUGAACGUAUAGAGAAGAACUUUGUCAUCACUGAUCCAAGGCUGCCUGAUAAUCCCAUCAUUUUUGCCUCUGAUAGCUUCCUGGAGCUGACAGAGUACAGCCGUGAAGAAAUCCUGGGGAGAAAUUGCAGGUUUCUCCAAGGCCCUGAAACUGAUCCAGCCACUGUGAGGAAGAUAAGAAACGCAAUUGAUAACCAGACUGAAGUUACUGUGCAGCUCAUUAACUACACCAAGAGUGGCAAGAAGUUCUGGAACUUGUUCCAUCUGCAGCCUAUGCGUGACCAAAAGGGGGAAGUGCAGUACUUUAUUGGAGUACAACUAGACGGAAGCCAGCAUGUUGAGCCACUUCGCAACAGUAUUCCAGAGGACACUGCAAAAGAGAGUGAAAAAAUGGUGAGACAAACGGCGGAGAAUGUUGAUGAUGCAGUGAAAGAACUUCCAGAUGCCAAUUUGAAACCAGAAGAUUUAUGGAUAAAUCACUCAAAAUUGGUUCACCCAAAGCCUCAUAGGAAGGGUAGUCCCUCUUGGAAAGCUAUUCAAAAGAUUCAAGAUAGUGGAGAACGGAUAGGCCUAAAACAUUUCAGGCCAAUAAAGCCAUUAGGGUCUGGUGAUACUGGCAGCGUGCAUCUGGUUGAAUUGUGUGGAACUGGUCAGUUAUUUGCUAUGAAAGCUAUGGAUAAGGGUGUUAUGCUCAAUCGCAACAAGGUGCAUAGGGCUUGUGCGGAGAGAGAAAUUCUCGACAUGUUGGACCACCCAUUCCUUCCUGCAUUAUAUGCCUCGUUUCAGACCAAAACACAUAUUUGUCUGAUAACUGAUUACUGCCCGGGUGGGGAGCUUUUCUUGCUUUUGGAUAGACAACCCACUAAGGUCCUGAAGGAGGAUGCAGUGAGAUUCUAUGCUGCAGAGGUUGUCGUGGCAUUGGAAUAUCUACACUGUCAAGGGAUUAUAUACAGAGACUUAAAGCCUGAAAAUGUUUUACUCCAGAGCAAUGGGCAUGUGUCAUUGACAGAUUUUGAUUUAUCAUGUUUAACAACCUGUAAACCACAGCUUUUAAUUCCAACUGCAAAUGAAAAGAAGAAACACCACAGAAAUCAGCAGCAUCCAAUCUUUAUGGCUGAACCUAUGCGAGCAUCCAAUUCUUUUGUUGGCACAGAAGAGUAUAUAGCUCCGGAAAUUAUAACUGGGGCAGGCCAUACCAGUUCAGUGGACUGGUGGGCUCUUGGAAUUCUUCUCUAUGAGAUGCUUUAUGGAUAUACACCAUUUAGGGGAAAGACAAGACAAAAAACAUUUGCAAAUAUUCUUCACAAAGAUCUUAAAUUUCCAGGAAGUACACCAGUAAGUCUCCAUGCAAAGCAACUGAUGUACAGGUUGUUGCACAGAGAUCCCAAAAACAGAUUAUGUUCACGCGAAGGAGCAAAUGGAGUUAAGAAGCAUCCAUUUUUCAAGGGUGUGAACUGGGCUCUUGUUCGCUGCAUGAACCCCCCUAAACUUGAUGCUCCUCUCUUCGCAACUGAUGCUGAGAAAGAAGAUAAAGUUGUGGAUCCAGAGCUAGAAGAUCUUCAAGUAAACGUUUUCUGAGAGGUCCCUGUCCAUGUUAUUUCCGCAAUAAAUGUGUUUCUGAUUUCUGUUAUGAAUUACUACCACAAAUUCUCUACUGCGAAAGUUGAGCAUAUGUGCAUGACAUCGAGUAGAACACCGACGGAGGCUAUGAAGAGCUCCUCAACUUGCUAGCAAGAGCAGUUCCACUGAUUAUGCAUAUAUUUGUCUCUGAGCAAUGUUGUCUAUAUUAAGCCUGGAUGCAAAUUGUAGAAGGAACUUGAGAAUUUUGCUUCUGCCUUACGUAAUGUGUGAGUUGUUUGUAAUC